UAGUUGGUACACCUAUAUUAUACCAUCGUGAGACACGAUUCAAGUGACAUUGAUAGCGUCAAAUCCCUUCAUCCUAUCUAUUCUGUAUUUCGGCAAAUGUACAAUUUUUAAAAGGAAGGUAGUUAUUGUAAAGAAGGUGCUUGCUCAUCGAUCAUCAAGGUCUCUGAAGAUCCUUUUAGAGUAUUUAUACGUAGAUCGAGCCUCUGGUCACCGCAGUUCUUUUUCAAUGACGUAACAUAAUUCAUGAUUGUUAGUCUCAGUUAUAAAAACAAAUUUCAGUAAAAGUGAUUUUGGUGCGUUUCACUUUCAACUACAAGAAUCAAUUAUUACUAUGCGGUUAUCGAAAGUUAUUGUAAUUGUUGCAAGUUUAAUUUGGGAAACGAAUGGAGGAACUACCGAUAAAGUGACAACAGUUUCCACGAAUGAUAGGAAUGUUUUCAUCAGAAGUUUACCGGGUUUAAGAGGUGUAAGGAGCAAUGUCUAUGAAGUUUACAUGGAACCUUACCUCUUUCCUAUUGGUUUAAGGGCAAUUGUUGAACUGAAAUCUCUAGGAGAAGAUGGUAAUCCUGUUGAUGGACCUCGUGGAACACUUAAUUUAGAACAAUUACCAAAUGGCGUUAGGAUCACAGGAACAAUCAAAGGCUUAAGUCCAGGUUUGCAUGGAUUUCAUGUUCACGAAAAGGGAGAUUUAACAAAAGGAUGCUCUUCAGCUGGAGCACAUUUCAACCCUUAUCAAGUACAACAUGGUGCCCCAAACGAUCCACUGCGCCAUGUUGGCGAUCUAGGUAAUAUUCAAGUUGGUGAAGAUGGAGUUGCGCAGGUCGAUGGCACUGAUCAUUAUUUGACUCUAAUGGGUGUACGUGGUGCCAUAGGAAGAGCAAUAGUUAUUCAUGAAAAGGAAGAUGACUUAGGACGCGGAAGAACUGAAGAUAGUCUUAAAACCGGUUCGGCUGGUGCUCGCCUUGCUUGUGGUAUCAUUGGAUUGGCUUAAGAUUUAUAUACUAAUAAUUACUUUCGGUAUUGGUCAAAUAUAUAUAUAUUGUAUCUACACAAAUAGAAAUUUCUUAUUACUAUAGUAUGUAUAGUAUUCGUUCAAUUAUUAUAGUAAGGAAUUUCUUUAAGUGUAUUCAUAUUUUAUUAAUAAUUUUUACUAUAUUGUUUGCUCAAGACUCUUCAAAUCUACAAUUUUAUUUGUUAAAUUAUGAAUGUAUUCUAGAAUAAAUAUUUUUGUAUUCAAUUAA